AUGUCUACUCAUCCCAACUGCUCUGGAACUUUCUCCGCCGAAUAUGCGGGGGUUAUUAUCUGCCAGGAAGUUGAUUGGGAGUAUCCCUUUUCCUCUAGACGCCAUCCCAACCAAGAGUCAGUGGGUGCCCAGGCACAUCCUCCUCCGCCCAACGAAGGGGGUAACCGAUCAAACGAUGCGCUGGCUCGACGGCGCGAUGCAGAGCAUUUUCUUGCUACUAGCAUUCCUCCUGUUAUCAACAGCAACUUUAAAUUGCCAAAUGACUCGGAGAUCUUUUAUUUUCCUCGCUCGCCGGAGUAUUCAGCCUAUCCUCUUCAUCGGCGUGUCGUCUUCACUCAUGGUGACACCAAAGGUCUAUCACUCUGGCGUGUCCGUGCAGCGGACAUCAUGGGGGUAGACUUCGUCGACAAUCCAAUGUUGCGCGUAAUCACCAUUAAACCCUACCAGACAACAAUCCGGCUUCUCUUUGAUUGGCCACUGCCCCCUCGUCAAAUUCAAGAACAACCUCGUCACCUGACACACACGCGCGUGGUCGAUAUUGGGACAUUCAAUUCAAAUCCACACAAAAAGAACAAAUAUAUCAGGACGGCCUGUCUCGCUCGGGGCGUCGCGUAUGCGGUACAAGAAGAUAUAUAUGCUCUUUUGAGGGAUAGACCGAAGCUCAUUGCGCCCAUCUUUCCGGGCUCGUCGACAUACGUCGACCUCGGCAAGAUCGAUUUCAACAAUGUUCUUCUUAUGGGACUCAACUAUUAUCCGGAGACGGAUGUAUGGGUGCCAGCGCUUGCCGCUCCUUUUGCUGUUAUUCGGCGCGCUUUCGUUGAAUAA